ACUAAGGAAAUGCAAGAAACAAGAGCAACGAAACAAAAACUACCCUCAGGCCUUAACACAUUUAUUCAUUAGUUCUCUUAACUAUCUAGCUCUUUGUUAGUUUUCAAGAUGAAGACUCUUUCUAUUUUAAUUUUAUUUUCUCUUAUUGCCUCUAUUACUCAUGCCAUUGAACUCGAUUUUUGUGUAGGGGAUGUUAGCCUCCCUAGGGGACCUGCUGGAUAUGCUUGUAAAGAUCCUGCUAAAGUAACAACUGAUGACUUUGUUUAUACAGGUUUUCGUGGUGAAAAACCUACUACAAAUAUUUUUAAAAACCAUCUUACUCUCGCAUUUUCAAAUGCAUAUCCAGCUUUGAAUGGUUUAGGUCUCUCCUUGGCGAGGUUAGACUUUGCUGUAGGAGGAGUUAUCCCGGUACAUUCCCACCGAACAUCAGAAGUUCUUAUUUUAGCACAAGGGUCAAUUAUUGCAGGUUUUAUUGACACGAAUAAUACUGCAUACUAUAAAAAGUUAGAAGUUGGUGAUGUUAUGAUAUUUCCCGAAGCAAUGCUUCAUUUUCAAAUUAAUGUUGGCAAAACUCCUGCUCUUGCUUUUGUUGCUUUGAACAGCGCAAAUCCAGCACUACAAAUCACUUCUUCAUCUUUAUUUGCUGGAAAUUUACCUUCUGAAUUAGCCCAACAAAUGACUCUUUUAAGUUCUCGAGAAGUGAUGCGCAUGAAAAAGAUGUUUGCCACAUCUUAAUCGAUAAUAUUUUACAUAUGUUUGAUUAUGUACUUUGCAUGGCAUCAUCUACAUCUUGUUUUAAGCGUGGUUUGCUUGCAUUCAAGUAUGAUAUAUAAAGUUGUAUGUUUAAUGAUGAAAUGUUCCUAUUUAGUAGUCCA